UACCUCCUCCAGAGGGACGGGGCUGUGAGGUAACCUCUGUCUCAGCUGACCGGCUAUCGCCUGCUUUAUAAGAUGCCAAGGGCUGCCUAUGUAGAUUUUCAGGUGGAACUGUAGGAACAAACCUGUGUCAAUGGUUAACUCAGGUUCUUGGUGUCUGGAGUUUUUCUUUCCUUUAUUAUUAACUAAAGAACAUUUUUAUCCCUGCUCACUUGGGAGCGCCCAGCUCAUAGAUCCUCUGCGGGGAGAGUGAAUAAAGUGGACACGACUUCUCCAUUUGACAUUGAAUUUGGUAUUGAUCUGCUGCAGCAGCUUGUGAAACAGAAGCACGGGAGUACGGACUGAGCAGAACCAGGAGGGCAGUAAUUACAAUAUUUUCAAACAGUUUGUGUGUGGGGGUGAGACUAUCAAAUAAAUCCUUCUGUGAAAGAAAGCAUCGACAAGCUGCCAAGACUGUUGAUAGGUCCCAUUCUCAUGCCUCCAAUGGUCGGGUAAGAGAAUGAAGACCCAGAAACCUUGAGCAGCUUCUUGUUGUUGUCAAGGGUCAUUGGAUGACAAAUGGGACAGGAACCUACAAGAAUGAUACAUGUUGUGGGCCAAAUUCGUGGAACCAUUUAACAUCCGACAUUCCGACUUGAGCUGGGAAAACCACAGGCCUAUUCUACAGAUGAUAAAAGCACUAGGAAUUGUAUGUUCUGCCUUGAUCUUUUCAAGAUUGAAUUCGGAGGGUGAAAAAAUGAUUUUGCCUAUGGAUGGCUGUGAAAGAAUCAGGAAUACUGCAGAGCUGGAGAGAAGGGGCCAAUUGUAGCAUGCUCCCUUUAAGAGGGAAACGAGAUUAGAACUUUGGCAAAUUUUCGGCUUCUAUUCAGAGGGAAAGAGAAGAGAUGGCAGUGUCCAAAAAGAAAAAAAGAAAAAGAAAAAAAAAAGAAAGAAAAAGGAUGCUGUCAUGAGACAAAAGCAAAAGCAAUUUUAUACCUUAUUGAAAGCUUACCUGGGCGUGUUUUUGUGGGGUUUUUUUUUUUUUUUUUUUUUGCUUUUUUCAAAACUCCUCUGAGGUUAAGAACAUUUUUUUGCCCUCUUAAAACUAAAGGAGCUAGGGGAAAGGACUUGAAUCUGAGCGAGUGGCGCUGUCAGUUCUGUUCUGUCUUGGGAAGUACACGAGGAAGAGAAACUUCCUGGGAAGAAAGAGAGGACACGGCCGGUGCUGAAGGGGAGGGUCUGCGGCAUUCAGUAUGGUUUAACUGAAAACGUAAAUCAACAAAUAGCAACAGAACUCUUCCUUGUACAAAAUCCACCUGGAUGCCAGAAGGACAGAGGAAAGGAUGAGCUAUUACGGCAGCAGCUACCCGAUUGUACACGUGGACCCCAAAUACCCAGGCUAUGCCCAAGAGCACGUCCUAGCUGAGAAGAGAAGAGCCAGAAGACGUCUGCUCCACAAAGACGGUAGCUGCAACGUGUACUUUAAGCACAUUUUUGGAGAAUGGGGGAGCUACGUGGUUGACAUUUUCACUACUCUUGUAGACACCAAGUGGCGCCAUAUGUUUGUAAUAUUUUCUUUAUCUUAUAUUCUCUCCUGGUUGAUAUUUGGCUCUAUCUUUUGGCUAAUUGCCUUCCAUCAUGGCGAUCUGUUAAAUGAUCCGGACAUCACGCCUUGCGUUGACAACGUCCAUUCCUUUACAGGGGCGUUUUUAUUCUCCCUUGAGACCCAGACCACCAUAGGUUACGGUUACCGCUGUGUCACCGAAGAAUGCUCGGUGGCAGUGCUCAUGGUGAUUCUUCAAUCCAUCCUGAGCUGCAUCAUAAACACCUUCAUCAUCGGAGCCGCCUUGGCCAAAAUGGCGACUGCUCGAAAGAGAGCCCAAACCAUUCGGUUUAGCUAUUUUGCCCUCAUAGGCAUGAGGGAUGGGAAGCUUUGCCUCAUGUGGCGCAUUGGUGAUUUCCGGCCAAACCAUGUGGUAGAAGGCACAGUGAGAGCCCAACUUCUCCGCUACACAGAAGACAGCGAAGGACGAAUGACCAUGGCAUUCAAAGACCUAAAGUUGGUCAACGACCAGAUCAUCCUUGUCACGCCGGUAACUAUUGUUCAUGAAAUUGACCACGAGAGCCCUCUGUAUGCCCUUGACCGAAAAGCGGUGGCCAAAGAUAACUUUGAGAUUUUGGUGACAUUCAUCUACACUGGUGAUUCCACGGGCACCUCCCACCAAUCCAGAAGUUCCUAUGUUCCGCGAGAAAUUCUCUGGGGCCAUAGGUUUAAUGAUGUCCUGGAAGUGAAGAGAAAGUACUACAAAGUGAACUGCUUACAGUUUGAGGGGAGCGUUGAGGUAUAUGCUCCCUUUUGCAGUGCCAAACAGCUAGACUGGAAAGACCAGCAGCUCCACAACAUGGACAAAGCCCCCCCAGUCCGAGGAUCUGGCACGUCAGACACCACGGUCAGAAGAAGGUCGUUUAGUGCCAUUGCCAUUGUCAGCAGUUGUGAGAACCCAGAGGAGACCAUCACCUCCGCCGUGGAUGAGUGUAAGGAAGCACCUUAUCAGAAAGCUGUCUUGACUUUAAAUAGAAUCUCUGUAGAAUCCCAAAUGUAGUUCCAAUUGUGAUGACCAGAACCCCCACUCCAUCAUUUUACUCUGUAGCCCGUCACUUUAAGGCAAGUAGUUAUAAGCAGGGCUUUUAAGGAAUGGUACAGCUACUAUUUAGAGCAGGUUAAAUCUGGUGAAAGAUCAUCUAAAAAUUACAUAGCAUCCAAUCGUUUAAACUUUUUUUUUGUGUUAGCAAAUUUGAUAUUAGGGAUGCUAUUCAGAGCCUAAUUGAUUAAUUUAAAUUUCACCUCCUUUUCUUAUAUCACACACUUGCAUCUUUAGUUGCAGGUGUCCUAUCUGGUAAAGGAAACAAAGGUAGGAUACUGGCAUAAGGAAGACAGGCAGCCAGCAUGAAUAACGAAUUUUUAAAUGUAUCAACAUGUAUAGUAGUUUCCUGGAAAAAGUCACGUCUUUCUAACCAAGAUAGGCAAGAUAUGCAUCCAGUAGACUGUUAACAUUGAGAUAUUUAACUGAAAUCACCUGGCAGGCUCAGCAUUUGCCCCGUAGUGUGCCUUGGUAUCCACAGAAAGAGAUAGUGACUGUGAGGUAGAGACACCUGCCACUUGGGCAGGUUAAUGAUUGAAGAGUGCUAGAAGCUGUUUUUGUUUCUUCUAAUUCAUAUGGCAGGAAAAAAGUUGUCAUUAUUCAGAACAGUAUUUCUCUCUCAAACACCCUGAGUGACGGCAGCAAAUGCCUUUAUAUGGAAGAGCAGAAAUAAGGCAACGGUGACAUUUCUAGCUUCUCGAGCAAGGGGGCUUCCUCUGCCCAACCCCAUCUUCUCCAAAGACAACAUGAAGAUAGGAUCACAGAGAUGGAAUGAGGGAAGGGGCGGCAGUGGGAAACAUUUCUCAGACAACUGUGCUGUGUUCUGAAAGACUAUAGCUGCUUUUGCUUGCUAUGUAAGGGAUGGAACCAUUAUUUUUUUUGGGGGGGGCCGGGAGAGAUAUAGGGGGACAGUGAGGGGAAAGAAAUGUAUUUGUGCCCAGAAGCAGUUAAGUAUGUCUUCUGCCUUGGUCACUCUAUAAGACAUAAAUGACUUGAAUUCUAGAUUUUCAGCAACUCUCCCAUUGAACUUGGAACGAUCAUUUAAAUGGAAGAUUUUGUGAAACAUAAUGAAGGUGAUUUUUCUGCACAUUAUUAAACAGAUAAGCUAGGUGUUAUGGAAUUGCUUAAAUUGGGGGAAGUAAAUCUGUAUGCUCUAUUUCUGUGUCAAAAGAUGUUAAUCAUGAUUAUUUUAAGCCCAAUAUCCUAUGAGUAAAGUCACUUUCAGCUUUAUAAAUUGAACAGUUGUUAGCUUCAUUCAGAAUUAAUGUGUUUCUUUACUCGUUUUCUUUUUUCUUUUUCUUUUUCUUUUUUUUUUUUUUUUUACAUUGUUGCUGAGGGGACAAUAAGCAUAUGCCACAGAUUUUCCUUUGCUUAUUUUAUUUAAAUAUAUGUACACACAAAUUGUUUUUGCAGUUUCUGGAAACACUCCCCCCCCCCCCCCCCAGUUUAAAUGAAAGCU